AGAGGUACUGGACGUCCCAGGUCCAGUAGUGUGGUUACUGAGGCUACUGUGGGAGGCUGCCUGCCUCAGCCGGCCAGCACAGGCACUGAAUGACUGACUGACUGAUUGGUUGUUUCCCGUUCAGCAUUGGUAGAUUCGCUGGCGGUGCACUUUUCCAGAGAGAGAGAGAGCGCUUUCGUGGCCAAAGUGUUGCCAUAGCGGCAGCUACAGUUAGGCGUGGUGAAGUGUGCACAAAGUGAGGAGGAGAAGAGCGGCCGUGAUGACCUCUGAGGACGUUGUGACCCGCCGUCAGGCGUCAACACGUCUUCCUCAGCAGGACGAGAGAGAGGUCCUGAGGGAACUAAAGGCCACAGGUAAGCUUGUGGCUGUGAUGGUGAUCCUGAGCUACAUGUAUGGUGACCUGACGGUGAGCCGGCAGCUGACCCCUGACCCCCGGCAACACUCGUGGCUCCUGAUGACCUCUCCCCUGCCCACCAUCGCCGCUUGUCUCCUCUACGUGGCCACCGUCACCUGGUGGGGCCCUCGGUACAUGACCUCCAGGAACCCUCUCCCCAAUCUCAGGAAGGUGAUGAUGGCUUAUAACGCCUUCCAAGUCGUCUUCUCCGCCCGCAUCUUCUGGGAGGCUGGAAUGGGCGGAUGGUUCGGCAGUUACUCUCUACUGUGUCAGAUCUGCGACUUCUCGGACAACCCUCAAGCAGUCAGGAUGGUCCACGCUGGCUACUGGUACUUCUUCUCCAAGUUUGUGGAUUUCACAGAUACGAUGUUCGUAGUGCUGAACAAGAAGAACAAGUACAUCUCCUUGUUGCAUGUGGUUCACCACGCCCUCAUGCCCGUGUGUAUGUGGUAUGGCAUCCGGUAUUAUGCUGGUGGUCACACGACCCUGAUAAUCCUGCUGAACGCCUUCGUCCACGUGGUGAUGUACACGUAUUACCUGCUGGCGGCCAUAGGGCCCCGAGUCCGUCCCUUCCUCUGGUGGAAGAAGUACCUCACCGCUCUCCAGAUUGUCCAGUGUGCUGUUGUCUUUUUCCAAAACAUGAUGGUAAUGUUCGGGGAGUGCGCGAUACCAUCAGUCCUCUUGGUUUGGGUGAACGGUAUGGCGCUCCUCUUCUUUAUCCUCUUCACCGACUUCUACGUCAAAGAGUACAGGGAGUGCAUCAAACACAAGGCCUGACCGUUGGUCCCACAGGGCUGCCUCGGGGAUCGAGUGGUGUGAUGUACAAUGGUGAGACCAACGGGCGGCUCCCUGCGUCGUCUGGGUCACCCAAGAAGGCGUGUUCUACCUCGUGCAGCAGCCCCGUGUGUAGUGUCCUUCAUAAGAGGAGAGAGGAAGGCUCGUCAGCGAGAAGUCGUGGCGGGAAAACCUCUCAAGUCAUGCCAGCUGAGCGCAUCAUAACACCAGCAUCUCUCUUCUCUAACUAGCACUUCAUCUCCCGCUCUCAAGAUGCUAGUUAACCUGUGUUAAUAUUAUCUAUUAUUACUCUUAGUGGAAGAAAUAUGCAGUCAAAUGCAAUAUUGACUUAAUAUACCUCUUAGUAAUGUUGUUUCUUGUGAUAACCUGU